AUGGCCAACCCCGUCGGAGAGGAUAGCUGGCUGGCCUACGUCGAGGAACGCCGGCCCGCCGAUCUCGAAGAGCGCGUCAAGGUCGUCGAGCUGUUCAAGAAGGCCAUCGGCGCCGAGCCCGGCAGCCUCAAGAUCUGGCUCGCCUACUGCGAGUACUUCUGGUCGCUGUUUAACGACUGCCAGAACCCCGAGGCCGGAUGGUCCGAGGAGGAACAGCAGCUCGGCCGCGAGCUCUUCUCCUUCGAGCUGGCCCUCAGCCUCUGGAGCGAGGGCUACGAGGCCAUCAAGUACCGCCUCAACGACAGCCACGAGUUCUGGAACCGCUGGGUCUCCAUCGAGCAGGAGCAGCUCGCCCGCAGUCGCAACCCCGUCGGCGUCAGGCGCAUCACACACCUGUUCCGCGACCGCCUGCAGAUCCCUCAUGCCACCUGGGAUGAGACCUCGCAGAUGUUCUCCAGCUUCCUCAGCACCUACAACAAUGCCGCGUACGAGUCCGAGUUCAAGGAGGUUACGGCCGCCGCCCAGCCUGCCAAGGACGCCUACAACGACCGAGAGCGCCGCGAGCUGGAGCUGAACAAGCUGGCCAGGUCUGGCGACGAACAGGCCUACAAGACGGCCCUCAGGGACUACCUGGACUGGGAGAUCAUACAAACCACCUCUCCGCGGAACCACCCGAAAGAUCCCGUCCUGGCCAUCACCCUCGCCCUGGCUCUGUUCUCGCGUGCUCUCACCGGCGCCCUAGCUUUUGAGCACGACAUCUGGAUGAACUACAUGGUCUAUCUCUCCACGCUCAGGGAUUUGGCGCCAUCCCACAUGCCCCUGCCAGACUCUCUGAACGUCCUGCAGCGCGCGACCUCACACUGUCCUUGGUCGGGUGACUUGUGGUCCCGCUACAUCCUGAACGCCGAAGAGGCUGGAUGGGCCUUCCACGAUGUCGAGGCUAUCAAACACGCUGCUACUAACGCCAAGGCUCUUGACAAGAAUGGCAUGACAGGUGUCAUCGACAUGUAUGCUGCCUGGUGUGGAUAUCUCAAACGAACCGCCAUGAACCCCAACGCACCGGACGAUGCCGUUGAUAUUGCCGACGUAGGGCUGCUCGCCGCACUCGAGGAUGUCCAACUAUGGGGGGAGCGCCUUUACAAAGAGGAGUACCGGGGAGACCCCAACUAUCGCCUUGAGCGAAUCCUCAUCCAGUAUCUUACCGAGAAAAAGGGGGAGGUUGAGGAGGCUCGGAAUAUCUGGAAAAACCUGGCCGACAAGGCUCUGUUCGCCAACAGCUACGAUUUUUGGCUCAAUUACUAUCUGUGGGAGAUGAUGAUCUACGCCGCUCGCCCGAGACAGCGAAGCCCGACACCUGCCACCCCAGCAAAUGGGGUGAAGCCCGUACGCGUUCCCGCCCACGCCACCGACGUCUUGCUGCGAGCUCUUCAGACCAAAGGUCUAGAUUGGCCCGAGCGUGUUAUGGAGGUCUGCCAUCAGCAUUGCAACGAUUAUGAGCAACCCCCAACUCUGCGCCGCGCGCUGGACACGAUCCACAAGACACGCCGGGGCAUAGAGAAGCGCCGCGCACGGGAGCGAGCAGAGGCCGAAUCUGCAUACGCCGCACAAGCCCAGGCUGCUCAACAGGCGGCCGCAGCCGAAGUUGUAGAUGUUUCCAUGAGUGAGUCGCCAUCAGGUUCCAAGAGGAAACGCGCCGAUACAAUGGAAGAGGCCACAACAGCAAUCACGAACAAGCGUCCCAAGAAUGCCGACGUGAACGGAACCGAUGCAGCAGCUAGUGACCAGAGCUUGAAGCGCGACCGAGAGAAUACUUCUAUCAUGGUUCGGAAUCUCCCGCCAGAUGUAACCCAGACCGCACUGAAGAAGUACUUCAGGGACUACGGCCACAUCCUCAAUCUGACCACCAAAAAGGAGGCGGACGGCAGCACGACCUCGGCCCUGAUUGAAUUCGAAUCGCCAGAAGAGAUGCGAUCUGCUCUGCUCCGCGACCAGAAGUACCUCGGCGAGUCACAGAUUUCUGUCAAGCCUGGUGCUGGGCUUACCAUCUAUGUGGCAAACUACCCACCGACGGCGGACGAGGAGUACAUCCGUACUCUGUUCAAAGAUUGUGGAGAGGUCUUCAGCAUUCGCUUCCCAUCCCUGCGAUUCAACACCCAUCGCCGUUUCUGUUACAUUUCAUUCAGUGAUCCUGAAAGUGCCGCCAAGGCAACCCGGCUCGACGGCAAGGUUCUGGAAGGGAAGUUUCACCUACUCUCCAAAUACUCAAAUCCGACUGGAAAGAAGAGACGCGAGGGUGCAGUCGCCGAGGGUCGAGAACUCCGCAUCAAAAACCUUGAUUUCAAGUCCAGUGAAGACGAUCUCCGAGUCUUGUUUUCGAGAUAUGGAAAGGUGGAAUCAAUCAAUCUCCUCAAGAACCUCAAGGGCCAAAAUCGGGGCACUGCCUUUGCGGUUAUGGAGACCAAGGAGCAAGCAGAGAAAGCAGCAGAACUCGACAAGACAAAGUUGGGAUCCAACAUCAUCGAGGUGGAGCUGAGCAAGGAAAGUAAUUACAAGCCCACCGCCUCUACCAAAACUGGUUCCCACUCGGCUGCCUCGUCGCCGGCCCCUAGCACGGACGCGGACGCAACCAUGGCAACCGACGACAGCGGUCCUUCCGGCCGCGAAAUCCAAGCCCGAUCCAUGGCCAUCUUGGAUCUGCCAGACACCGUCAAUGAUGCCCGCGUUCGGGCUCUUGCGGAGAAGCACGGUGACAUCGUCAAAGUGGUCUUGCGACCAGAUCAUCAAGGAGCCAUCAUUGAAUAUGCGAACGUUGCCACUGUCGGCAAGGCCAUGAUGGCCCUCAAUGGUUUCGAGAUUGACGCGGGGAAGAAAAUUCGCGUCGGUUCAGUAGAGGAGCUUUUCAAGACAAAGGCAGAGAAACCGGGAAACAAGUUGAUGAAGCCCCCGAUGGCUAUACGAAGACCGGUUGCUAGCGGCCAGAAGCCGAAGCAGCGAGCCGGACUGGGAUACGGCGGUGGUGCGAAGACCGAGGCGAACGGUGACGGUGCCGACACCGGUUCCACGCCCAAGUCCAAUGCGGACUUCAAGGCGAUGUUCUUGGCGGGAAAGCAGUAA